GGUAGCAAACGGAUCCCACCUCCUGAAAUCCGCCCGCCCCGAAAUUUCACAUUUCUUCUUCUUGUUGUUUGUUCAGCAGCAUUGAUUUCAUCGAAAUCCAAAAAAUACCCAUUCUCCUAAACUCCUCUUUCUCAUUUCCCCAAAUUUCUCCAUCUUGAAGUCAUGUCCAUGCUUUUACCCAACCACCCACUUUCAUCAUCUGGUUCCUCUAUAAAGAAACAUGAUCAGGCUUUCACCAAAUUAUCGUUCGGGCAAAGUCACAUAGGCAAUGUGAAACUGGUCACAUCCAAACAGACACUCUCUGUCAAAGCAGGAUACAGUGAUGACGGAAGAUCAAACAAUGGGGGUGCCUUCAUUGGUGGCUUUGUUCUAGGGGGGUUGCUUAUUGGCACACUUGGUUGCAUCUACGCCCCUCAGAUAAGCAAAGCGCUAGCUGGAACUGACAAAAAGGAGUUGCUUAAGAAGCUGCCUAAUUUCAUUUACGAUGAAGAAAAAGCUUUGGAGAAAACGCGUCAAAAGUUGGCGCAGAAGAUAGCAGAGCUGAACUCUGCUAUAGAUGAUGUAUCAUCUCAGUUGAAAACAGAUGACGAUGCUAACGGUGUUGUUCCUGAUGAAACCGAAGCUCUUGCCUAAGACUCAUGUUCAUGUUUUCCAGCUUUUAUAAUGUUGACUGUUGGUAACAAAUGUGGUUUAUACUUUUGGAUGUUACAUCUUUCUUGAAUGUGUUACAGUGGUAGUAGAGAUUGUAAUGGGUCAAGAUUGUGAUUAUUAUGAACCCUAAUUUCAUCCGAGCUCCUAUCAAACGUCUCUUCGUUUUAUUUGUUA